AUGACAUCGCCUGGGUCGAAGAAAGUGGUUCCCGGGGACGGAUCGGAGAAGAAUCAUUCAGGGAACCUGGGAAGAAGGGGGGAUCUCAAUGAAAGUGGAAGCAGCAGCAGCGGUGGCGGUGGGGGAGAAGGAGGAGGAGGAGGCACGUUUGAGUAUUUCGGACAGGUCUAUCAUUUGGGUUCGAAUAAGAUCGGGCACGACUACUGUCAUCUCCGUUUCCUUUUCAUCAGAGGCAAAUACGUCGAGAUGUACAAACGGGAUCCCCACGAGAACCCAGACAUUAAACCCAUAAGGCGUGGGGUCAUAGGGCCUACAAUGAUGGUUGAAGAGCUUGGACGUCGCAAAGUUAGUCACGGGGAUGUCUACGUCAUUAGGUUCUCUAACCGGUUGGACGAGAGGAAAAAAGGAGAAAUUGCUUGUGCUACCGCUGGAGAAGCCAUGAAAUGGGUUGAGGCUUUUGACGAAGCAAAACAACAGGCUGAAUAUGCACUAUCCAGAGGGGGAAGCACAAGAACAAAAUUGAGCAUGGAGGCCAACAUUGAUCUUGAAGGACAUCGACCUAGAGUAAGGCGUUAUGCUUAUGGGUUAAAAAAGCUUAUCCGAAUUGGGCAAGGUCCGGAGACUCUUUUGAGGCAAUCCUCUACCUUGGUUAAUGAUGUCAGGGGUGAUAGUUUCUACGGAGGUGGAGACAAUGGAGAUGCAAUCGAGGCACAUGAAUGGAAAUGUGUUCGUACAAUCAAUGGUGUUAGGAUUUUUGAAGAUGUGGCUAACUUCAAGGCUGGUAGAGGAUUUCUUGUGAAAGCAGUUGCGGUAGUUGAAGCUAGUGCGGAUGCUGUGUUCGAAGUGAUUUCAAAGCUUGACAAACACCAAAGAUACGAGUGGGAUACAGUAACAGGUGAUUCGGAAUUGAUAGACUCAUACGAGGGCCACUAUGAUGUCAUUUACUGCGUAUAUGAUCCUAAGUAUCUUUCACGUAUAUUUUUCAGAUGGCAAUCAAAGAGAGAUUUUAUCUUCUCUAGACAGUGGGUUCGUGGGCAAGAUGGAACAUAUACAAUCUUACAGUUUCCAGCAGUGCAUAAGAAGCGGCCUCCAAAGUCCGGAUAUCGACGUACAGAUAUAACUCCAUCUACUUGGGAAAUCAGAAACUUGAAAAAGCGAUCAGAUGCAGAACCUCCAAGUUGUCUUGUAACACACAUGCUAGAAAUCCACUCUAAACGCUGGUGCAAAUGGAAGAGAACUAGCUACUCAAAGUUUGAAAAGACUAUUCCAUAUGCAUUACUCCUCCAAGUGGCAGGCCUGAAGGAGUACAUUGGAGCAAACCCGGCCUUCAAGUAUGAAGCCUCCUCAACUGUUGUACAGUCCAAGUUAUCAGAUAUUCCGAGUGGUGAAUAUGUAGAUGAGGAAAUGGAGGAGCAGUUUUAUGAUGCCACAGACUCAUCAUCUGAUGAGGAGGAAAGCGAUGAGGAUGAUGAGGAGCAGGACAAAAAGGAGAUAAAAGUCAAACUCAAGAAUGUUUCAUGGGCAAUCGCCAGCCUAUCUUUGAAGCAGCCUAAAGCUCCAGGCGCAAGUAAUGAAUUAGACACUAGUGUUGAUCCUGUGGAUAUCGAUCCAAGUCAGAUCCAAGGAUCCCUGCGCAAAGGAAAUGGUGAUAAGGACUCAAAUUGCUGGAAUUCUCCUAGUGGCAUGGGGUUUAUGAUCAGGGGAAAGACCUACCUGAAAGAUAAUGCAAAGGUAAUGGGUGGGCAGCCCCUUCUGACACUUGUAUCAGUGGAUUGGCUUAAAGUUGAUAAAGCUGUAGACAACAUCGCUCUGCAUCCGAAAUGUCUUGUCCAGUCAGAACCGGGGAAAAAGCUGCCGUUCAUCCUAGUCAUCAAUCUUCAGGUACCAGCAAAGCCGAACUAUUGUUUGGUCAUGUACUAUGCUGCGGAUCGACCUGUAAGCGAGUCUUCCUCGCUUGGAAAAUUUGUAAAUGGGAGUGACAGUUACCGCGACUCAAGAUUUAAGCUGAUUCCAAGUAUUGUUCAGGGGUACUGGAUGGUCAAACGGGCUGUUGGAACAAAAGCCUGCCUGCUUGGUAAAGCUGUAACCUGCAAGUACCUGAGGAAAGAUAAUUUUCUGGAGAUUGAUGUAGAUAUUGGAUCAUCGGCUGUUGCCCGGAGCGUUAUUGGUCUGGUACUUGGUUAUGUCACAAGCCUCAUUGUUGAUCUGGCCAUCUUGAUUGAGGGAAAAGAGGAAACAGAGUUGCCAGAGUAUAUUCUUGGGACGGUUCGGCUUAACCGAAUAGAGCUAGAUUCGGCCGUCUCUUUUGAGGAAUGAAGAACAGCCAAUGACUACUAAAACAUGUGUCUUAUGGAUCACUUGGCGAAAUGUAGACAAACAAAGGGAUAACAAAAGAUACUUAAGAUUUUUGUUUCUUCCAAACUUGUGGAUUGGAUUAGCAAAAUUGAAUUCCGAGAAUAUAAAGUCUUCAUUUUGACUAGUUAUUAAACCUUCAGAAUAAUACAAUGGGGUAUUUUGAAUGAUACCCUAUGUAUGUUAUAAUUUAGAAAGUACCCUUUAUUUAUCUUCUUUUUAAAAAUCUAGCUCUUUCUUGAUUAAAAAUACAUUUUUUUAAUUUAAAAUUUACAUAUUCCAUUUAGCAAAACAAUAAAUAAGUAUCAUACUGAAAGAAAUAAAUAAAUAUAAAUGUUUAAAUAUCUUAAAGUCUGCUGGUAGAUAAGUUUAUUAAAUUUUCAAAAAAUAUUUUAUCAAGCGAAAUCUGCAUUUAUAAAAAGAAUUAUAUUAAAAGAAAAAUAUUUGAGACUAAACAACUGCUCUCUAUCGUUUCUUCUCAAAACACUGUCACUCUAGUUUUCACUGGUUAUUUUCGUUACCUGGUGGCUUCGACAGUCGGAAUAUCUUGUCUAUUUAUUUAUAGUUAAGUAAUCAAACAAAUUCAUGUCGAAUUCGACAUCAAAUAUUUUGAUUUGGAGAAAAUUAUGUCGCGUUUAUAUUUCGAUUUGGAGAAAACUAAAUCGCGUUUGUUGCCGUCUCACCAUUUGUGAUCAUCCUCGUGUCUUCACCGGUGAAUAUCAACUAUGAUGUUAGUCAGAUAUAUAUCAUCACUUAUUCGGACAAUCCUUAGGAUUUGAUUUGGGAGAGAAAAUUAAAUGAUUUUCGUCGAUCAUUUGACGUGCGUCUCUUCUCCCACCGGGAUUGUUAUUAUCUGAUAUUGCAAUUCCUAGUCCUAAGGAGUUACAAGAUCAAUGGAUUUUCAUUGCACAUAUUGCAAGAUAUUAUAAUUCAUCGAGGAUCUUGACUCGUGCACCUAGAGAAUCAGCAUAAAAACCGCCAUGUCCAGGGUAUUUUAAUAGAUUGACGCAAGAUCUACACUCGGGGUUGAAGACAUGGUAUGCUCUUAUUGGGGGUUCCUUUUUGGGUCUGUACGAUGGCAAGUGAUCUUCAUUUUUUUAUUCGACUUGCAUUCCUUCAAGAUCCCCUGGAGUUGAGAUAGUGGAAGAUGUUAGAUUUUGUUACCAAACGAAGAGUUCACUACCAGAUACAAAGGGUUUACUCUUCUAUGAUGAAUUGAGGGACACAUCUUCUUCAGCCGAGAUUACGAUACUGAGAAAAGGAUGGGCGAGCAAAGGAUUUAAAGCAAUAAGGAGUUCAUAGAUUUUUGAUAACAAAACAUAUUGACAAUAUGGCUUUAUUGCUUUCAAAGCG